CUAUGUGUUCGCUGACGAAAUUCAUGCAAUGUGUGUUGUCUGUGUAUGGAAAAAACGGCUACUAUUACAGCUAAAGCAGUUGACGGUGAUCACGCGUACAUGGGGCUCCCAAAACAGGAUUUCAUAAACCCAUUUCUCAAUACCGCUUCUGAGUGGUCUUAUAAACGCUUUAGAACUGAAUCGGGAAGUCCGCUUCUAGUUGCCGCAUUUCCAAUUCCACAGUAGGUUUUCGCUCCAAUGUAAAUUCAAGCGGUCUUGAAAUGUGCUUGGGCUAUCAGGUUUCGCCUUGUUUUUUAAAACAAACUUUGUGUAAUAUGGACGGAGUGGCUUUUUGUGCAGUGAAGGAACUGAAGGGUAAUUAGUGAUUGUGCUGAUUAACUCAGAAACUGUAACAGCUGUUUUCCAGGCGCCAUAUUUAACUGGGCUAACAAAUCCACUCCAGACCUUAACAAGUAAACAUGACAGCGAAAAACGAUUUUGGAAAUUUGUUUUUCGUCUUUCGGAAGAUGGGUUGCAUGUCAACGUAGUCGGUAAUGUUCCCUUACGUUCCUUUGACGUCUAGUGAAUCGGUGGUGCCAGGUGCUUUCCAUGUCUCUGUAACUAAAGAUGUUUGGUAAAUUUGUCAUAUUUGCUAAAGGGCGGUAAAAUUUGGUUUAAUGUAUUAUGUCAUAUGGUCGCUGUGAUAUGAUUCUCUACAAAGGAAGAUGUGUGAUCCUGGAGGUGUUCUUUCGAUACUGUGCGCUCAUUUGAGUUUGUUGUUGAACAUUGCUAUAAAACCUGAACAUUUCAAAUCGGCAAAGUUCAAUGAGAAUAAGGAUAAUAAUGUGCGUGAACUAUGGAACGUUUUGCACAGUUUGUGUCUUGGCUUAGAAUUGAAGCUUCCUGCAGUUAGAGGUGAUAUUCAAUUUGUGAAGAUGAGUCUUCUUGUUUUGGGAUAUGAAAAUUUUGAAUUUUAUAGCCUCCCUUCAGAUAUGUCAUCUGGAAGCAGAGAGCUGUUGAUUGCAUUUUCGUGGCUUAUAGCAAAAACAAAUGUACUCGAAAGCAUUGUGCAACAGAAGGUCUUGGAGUCUCCACUGGUAUCUGAAUACGGUAACACACAACAUGUACAGUUGGAGACAAGUGUGACCAGCAAUCAGAAAGCAGGUGUAAAAAAUGAUAAUGACUGUAUGCAUUAUAUCUUGUUGAUGGCUGGUAAAAUUAGUCAUAAUUUGAAGAUAAUUACUGAGACAAGUAAAGAAAUGAUUAAUUUGGUUUCCAAGGUACAUCAGAGCACUGCUACCAUCACUGGCCUUCCUCAUCUGUCAGUUGUUGAAACAAGGCUAUUAAAGAAUCCUGAAAAACAUGCUAGUGAGUUGCAAGAAAUCAAAAGAUUGGCUUUAGUGAUUGAAACAUGGAAACAAUGGCUUAAAAGGUCCACAUUGUUUUGGGAAUGGAUGGCUGGUGUGCUAAUUGAAAGGAAGAAUACGUCAAGGGGCUGCUUACAUUUGUACAGUAAGGAGGACUUCACAGAGUUCAUAAAUUCGGUUAGGAUGAUGUUGAGAUCGUAUUUCUUGUUGCGAGGUCUAAUUGAACAGAAUGACCAAAAGAACGAGACUACUACUCAUUCAGCAGAAGAGCAGAAAACAGAGCUACUACAGGAUGAACUGAGAAAAGUAGAAAAAUUUCAGUUGCCAAGAUUAAUUCUUCAGAGCAAAGAUGAUACUAAAGUAUUGGAAAAAUAUAUUACUGAGACAGACAUGUUAGUUAAAGAAUUGGAAGUAAAGUGUAAUCUAAUGAGAGAAGAAAUAUUGUCACAGCUGAAAAUGAGUAUGAAAGGUGCAAAAUACAUCUGUCUCUUUAACAGAUGACGUUUUAAAAUAUUGAGGUGUAUUUUAUGUAGAAGUGUACUGGAACAAUUUUUUUUGAUGAUUUAGCAGUGUGCGCGCGCGCGCUCUACUGUAUGAUGUCUAGCUAUUAGUUUAUUUAUUAAGAUAUUUUAAAAUCUAAGUUUCAGUGCCAUUCGUUACUGUAAAAGUAUGCAAAUAAUAAAGGUGUGGCUGUAAUUUUCUGUACCUGCAGUGCA